CAUAAAUCCAUGCAAUAAAUAGGCUCCUAAACCAAUUAGUCCUGCAAAUCCCAUGACUUCUUCUGAAAUUGCCCACGAUUUCUCUCCACACCUUCGAGUCUACAAAGAUGGCCGAGUGGAGCGGCUCGAGGGCACGGCCACCGUCCCUCCGUCAUACGAUCGGGACACCGGUGUCCUGUCCAAGGACGUCGCCAUCUCGGCCUCGACGCCGUCUCUCUCUGCUAGGGUUUACAUUCCAACAGCAACCACCAUCAACCAUCGCUCCGGUGCAAAUAGAAGGAAACUCCCACUGCUUGUCUACUUCCAUGGAGGCGCCUUUUGCUUGGAAAGCCCCUUCUCUCCCAUGUACCAUAACUACCUGAACUCCUUGGCGUCAGAGGCCGAUGCGGUCGCCGUGUCCGUUCACUACAGGAGAGCGCCGGAGCACCCGCUACCGGCGGCGUACGACGAUUCAUGGAUCGCACUUGAGUGGGUGUCGUCGCAUUCGGGCGGGGAUGGUCCCGACAAGUGGCUGAGCGCGUACGCGGACUUGAGGAAGGUGUACGUGGCCGGAGACAGUGCCGGAGGUAACAUAGCGCACCAUAUGGGGUUGCGAUUUGGUUGCGCACUCAAAUCAAAGACUUCAGACUGGGUUGAAGGAAUUGACCUUAGAGGCAUCAUUCUGGUGCAGCCAUUUUUCAUGGGCAACGAACCGCUCGGCGCCGAGAGAACCGACCAUGCGACCCGGUCCUUGCUCGUCGGGCUGUGGCACUUGGCGUGCCCGUCAGCCACGGACGGGUGCGACGACCCGCGAAUCAACCCGGAGAAGGAUCCGAGGCUCUCGAGCAUGGGCUGCGCUCGAGUCCUCAUCUUCAUCGCGGAGAAGGACGUGCAGAGGGAGCGAGAGUGGCUUUAUCGGGACUUGCUGGCGAAGAGCGGAUGGGAAGGAAAGGUGGAGGUGAUGGAGGCGAAAGGAGAGGGUCACCAGUUUCAUCUGUUCAAUCCAACAAGCGAUAAUGCAGCGAGUCUGAUGAGACGAUUUGUGUCUUUCCUGAAGGAGAACGAAAUUUGAUUGGUAUGGCGAUUGCUUGUGGUGUUAAAUAAAAGUCAUAAAUAAGGUGUGUGUGUGUGUACACUAAACACACUAAUGCUCAACUAAUUGAAACAAUUGCUGCCAUGUUGAUUUUUUGCAUGUUUGGAUAUAGCAGUAGG